AUGUCGAAGAUUCAGGAUGCGCAGAAGACCUUGGAGGUCAAGAUUCGACCCUUUGCCAAUCAGAACUUCAAAGACCGCCCUGAUCAAAACGGAGUGUCACGUGUAUAUCUUUCAAGCACAGCACUCUCCGAGCUGAAUCUCAAGCCCGGGAUGCUCUGUCAUAUAUGGAAGAAAGAUGAGCUUGAGCAUGAGAAAAAAGAAGCUAUUGCUUGGCUUACUACAGAAAAGAGUACUAAUAAAAAAGUCAUAUACAUGUCGAAGACUUUCCAAGAUGUGUGCGACUUCAAGCUAGCGGAUGAUUUGCUCAUAUCUGGUGCCGGUGUUUUGGGCAUAGCAGGAUCGAUUUUUUUGCGAGACAUCACUCAGCAAGAGUCUGCUGAUACUUUAGAUAUAGAGGAUGAGGACAGACCUCAUUGGGAAUGGUUUCUUCGAGAAAAUCUUGGUCGUGCGGAGGUGAUUUUCCCUGGCAUGGUGCUCAAGAACAUUUCCCUCAGAGGACCUAAACGAGAUUUCAUUGUUGACUUUAUCAAUGGGAAACCGGCCGGUCUGGGCAAGUACGACUCAACCACUGCCGUCAAGAUAUCGAGUCGGAUUGAAGCCCCAGCGCAAUAUGAGGUCAGUAGACCCUCAGCACGCCUCGAAGUUGUCGAUAUUGCCGGCAUCGAUCAAGCGCUCAAGAAACUUAACCGUUUCCUGACCAACUUCGACCGACAAUUUAAAUUCACUUGGGCACAGAGAUCGUGUGCCGUGUUACUACAUGGCGGCCAUGGAACAGGGAAGACCUAUCUACUCAAUAAGAUACUCAACACUGGCUGGAGCAACAAUGUUCUUCGUCUCGAUGGCGAUGCCAAAAUCUCGAAUGUUCGGUCGACUUUCAGAGAUGCUAAGCUUAGCCAACCCAGCAUCAUUGUCAUUGAUGACCUUGAAUCUCUGGUGUCAAAAGAGGAUGUCAUGUCUAUCAGCAUGGCAAAAGCUUUUGGUGAAGAGCUCGACAUCCUCGCACAAAGCCAUUCUGGAAGCUCAUUACCACGAGUACUGGUCAUUGCAACUGCACUCAAUUCGAGCAAUAUUCCAAUUUCACUCAAGAAGAGAGGCCGGUUCCGAACAGAGAUCUCGCUGCCCAUACCUGAUGUAGCUGCUCGAAAGGCUAUUCUUAAAUCUCUCGAGCCACCAAUUCACCCUGAUACUCGCGAAGAGACGCUGAACAAGCUUGGCGACCGAACACAUGCCUACACAGCAGAAGAUUUGGUGGCUCUACUGGAUGCUGCAUGUGAGCUUGCUGAGGAAAAGGCCGAAACAGUCAGGGAAGAGAAUGAGCAGGGCUUUUACCUCGCACAGGAAGAUAUUGAGCAGGCUCUACUUCUAGUCCGACCAACAGCUAUGCACGACAUUACACUUCAACCGCCAAGUGUCCGCUGGGACGAGAUUGGAGGACAAGAUAGUGUGAAGAAUGCCCUUCGUCGUGCUGUUGAAACCCCUCUACUGAAUCCGGAACGUAUGAAGCGAGUUGGGGCUUCGCCAAAAAAGGGGCUCCUUCUGUACGGUCCGCCUGGAUGUUCAAAGACCUUGAGUGCCCAGGCCAUGGCAACAGAAGUUGGAUUCAAUUUCUUUGCCGUCAAAGGAGCCGAGUUACUGAAUAUGUAUGUCGGCGAAUCUGAGCGAGCAGUUCGCGAUGUGUUCGCGCGAGCACGAGCAGCCAGCCCCAGUAUCAUAUUCUUCGAUGAAAUUGAAUCGAUAGGAAGCAAGAGGAGUGGACGAAAUAAUGGUGUCAAUGUUCUCACCACAUUGCUGAAUGAAAUGGACGGUAUCGAGACAUUGAAAGGUGUUACUGUCCUUGCUGCCACCAACCAGCCUCAAGCUCUCGACCUCGCUUUACUACGACCAGGACGAUUCGACAAGCUACUCUACGUAGCACCACCCGAUCUAGAAGGCCGAAAAGAAAUCCUUCGGGUCAGAAAACGGACCAUGGACAUGGCGGAUGAUGUUGACAUUUCUAGGCUUGCUGAGCUGACGGACGGCUAUUCUGGUGCUGAGCUGGUGGGCAUCUGUCAAACUGCUUGUGAUGAUGUAAUGGAGAAGUGCGAGAAGACCGGAGAGGAAUUACAGGUGCAUAUGGAUGACUUUUUGAAUGCCAUUAAGUUGGUUAAGAAGCAGAUUACGCCGAAGCUUAUUGAAGGAUAUGAGAAGUGGGCAGCUGGCGCAAGAGGGGAUACGGACUAG